AUGAUAUUAGCGUCCAACGGUGUAGAGCCUGCUUCCGCAUCAAACAACAAUAACAGCAAUAUGAUACUCCACGAGGAGCACACUGAAGAGAAUCAAGAUUUUUAUGUAGCAACUUCUUCUAGGACCACUAGUGGUAGUGGAGCUACAACGACAAGAAAGCUUCUUCAGGAGCAGCAAAACACCUCUAGCUUGGCAGACGAUGUGCUCAAACGCGCUAGAGAGUUGCAAGCGAGGGUAAGGCGUGCCUCGACGACGAAGCAUCUCUUCGAUGAUGAAGUGAGCCGGAUCAGCUCUGACGGGUCCUUUCUCAUGCCGCAAUUAAGGGGGUAUGAAUUAAGACUUACUUUUAUUCAUCUUAAGAGGCAUCUUUGAUCCCUUUUUCAAGAGGGAACUGCGUCAAAGAUGCUUUCCAAGAUGAAUAAAAGUAAGGUCUAAAUGAAAGAAGCCCCGAAGAACUGAGUUCUGGAGGCGGAGGAGGAGGUACUUCUGGAGUGGCUGAGGACGUAAAGCAGGAGGCAGAAGAUGACAAGAAGAAUUUGAACCUAGCUGCAAGUGGUGGCGGUAUUCAUCUUCCUCCUUCUGGAAAUAAAGAAGCACGAGAAGCAGAUGAAGGACAUCAUCAAGGAGCUACAACAAGCACAGCAAGAGUUGUACUAGGUGUAUCGUCUUCAGCACAUCAUCAACAACCGGGAGUUGUACCUCCUCCAAAGCAGUCAAAGGUGGUCGUGAAGAAGGGUCCCCUCUGGAAUACCAACUGGAGAGCCCGUGCGAGGGGUGGUGGAUUACUAGGCGAAGAGGGCCAGCCACAACGAGGACCUGGUGUCCAGGAGGAAAGAAGUGGCAUUUUUGAGAGCAGAAGUACGCAUCACAGGUCACGAGACAGCCAAGUUUCAUCGUCAGUGUGCAGUGAGGAUCGUCCUGUAGUGAAACGAUGGAAAGCGUCUUUGUUUGGACGUAAUCGCGCACAUAGUUCUGAAGAAGCAUCACCGAUUGGUCAGGGUUCUAGUAAGGCUGAAGCUGGCAUGAUCGGCAAGAAAGGAAUCCUUGGAGGUCUUGGAAACGAAAAGCAGCCAGGACAGGGAAGGGAUGUUAUGCUCGUUGUGAGAUCUGCUUAUGGACAGAGAACGACGCCAAGACCGGCGUUAUUUGUCACAUGGAAAAACAGGACCGAGGGAACGACCUCAGCUUCAAUUUGCUUGUUUUUAGUAACCGUACAGCUCGUCUUGUUUUGUUGCUUCUCUUUUGCUCGAUUUCACUCGUCCUGCGGUGUAUCUUGCUAUCAAAUGUCAUGAUCUAAGAAGCAUUGUCAACGCGAGCAACUACAUCAGGAGAUGAAAUUUAACGCAGCGUCCUCGAGUGGGCCUUCCUCUAUUGUGGACGAAAGUAGGAAGUCGUUUUUGUUAGAGAGUCAGAGCAGUUUGGGCGCAAGCAAUUUCAAGGCAUCCCGGAGGUCCUUGUUCGGUGCACAUCGUUCAGCAGCAUCGUCGCCCAGUGACAGUGGCAAAGGACAGGAAAAGGUUGUAGCAGGUAAGACAACAACUACUAAUAGUACAACAACAAAAAUACCUGGACGAGGAUCUGCACGUCGUACUGGAGCUGGAGGUCUGAGUAACAACAAGAAUUAUACUUCUACGACUUCGAAAAACAAUAACAACAACAGCUCUGUAUUGAGUUCGGUGGCGUCUCAAGCUUCAUCAUCGAAAAAUCAACGCAGUGCCGGAAUUGGACUUGAACGGAAGAUGACAUCAAGCAAGAUGAACAACCCUACGAAAAAAGCAGGUGGAGCAGCUAGUAUAUCUUCUUCCUCUUCUGUUAAAGUUAUGGACAUCCACACUGUGUACUACUACUCGUAACUUGAAAGAACUAAUGAAGUAUUUGAAAGGGCGGUGGCAUAUAGUCCUAACUCGUGGUUCGAAUGAAUCUAGACUUCUAGCUUCAUUGAUCAGGAGCUUCUUUUUUUGUUCCUCUCGGGGAUCUCGUCGUGACUCUACAUUACUCUCUCGUGGAUCUCGUCGUGACUCUACAUUACUUUCCCUAAUGAGCGCACGACCUCGUCCACAAAACCUGGCCCGCCCCAGUCGCGCUACAUCGCACCUGGAGGUGGCAGUAUUAAGGAAAGCUCCUUGCGCAGUAAAAACAAAGUCGUGUCAUCCCCAGACACGGAAGACUCGUUUUCACUCCGUCGAGGAAUGAGGAGUAACAUGUUUUCCUUCUGA